UGUAUCCCCCUCAUUUAUUUAUUUAUAUGUAUGAAUGUGUGUUUGCGUGUGCAUAUCAUAGAAUGUGUGUAGAGGUCAGGGGACAACUCGUGGGAGUCAGUCUUUUUCUCGUGUGAGCAUAGGGAUCAAACUUAAGUUAUCAUCCAUCUUGGUGGCAAGUAUCGUUAGCAGCUGAGCCGCUUGUCAUCUUGUUUUGGUGUACAUCUUUGGUGACCAUAUAUAUGUGUGUGUGUGUGUAUAUAUAUAUAUAUAUAUAUAUAUAUUCAAUUAUACAUAUAAUACAUAUGCAUAUAUAACUGUUUUCUUUAGUCCUCAGAGUGGAAUUUCUGAGUCAGAGGGUUUGUAUGGAUUAAACACUGCAUGCACAUUUUUUAAAAUUCUGUCUUUGGCUUGCUGGUUAGAAUGUCCGCUUCCUCAUAUUCUUCAGAACGCGAGUGUUGAUGCUGGUAGAGGGAAUUUUAUAUCCUGGUAGAUUGACAUCAUUUUUGUUUUCUAGUGAACCUCAAGUACCGAGUCUCUGUUGCUGCAGUAGGGAAUUCUGGGUUUCACAAGUUGGGGCUCGGACUGGAUGAGAGCCGGCUUUGUGGUGCGAGUGAGGGCUCCAUAUGUAGCCAUGCCUUUCCCCAACUUCCAGUUUCUACAAGUCUGAUUUCAUGUCUUUCAUUGUUUCUGAUCUGUUAAAUGAAUAGGAUAUUAUACUAAAUAUAAAACUGAAGAUACAGUAUACUGUAUGAAACAUCAAAAAUUAGGGAUGGCGCAUGCCAGUUAUCUCUUCAGGUGGAGACAGGAGGAAGUAGGCUUGGCUGUGGACAGGCUGAGAACAGUCUCCCAGGGCCAUGGCUGCCAGUCUUGGUACUUGGAUUUUCUUUCUUACGUCUGGUGACUCCAGGUGUGCAUUGGAAACUUUGCAGGAGACUGGGUAAGGUGUUGUGGCCCUAGCUGGAGAGAUCGUCUGGGGACUUCUGGGGCCAGUCUCAUCUCACCGACUUGCUUUCCUCCCCCAGCUCUGGCCCCUGUGGACUCUGCUUCUUCUGAGAAUACAUUUCAAGGAAGACUGUUGAAUUUCUAAACCAUGGCCCGUGUAUCAGUGAUGUUCAGUGAUGUAUCCAUAGCCUUCUCUCGGGAGGAGUGGGAGUACCUGGACCUAGCACAGAGGGAUCUGUACAAAGACGUGAUGAUGGAGAACUACCGCAAUGUGGCCUCUCUGGGAUGCUUCAUUUCUAAACCAGAUGUGAUUUCCUUGCUGGAGCAAGGGAAAGAGCCCUGGAAGGUUGUGAGGAAAAGAAAACAAAAUUCAGAUUUGAAAACUAAGGAUGAGCCCAGUCAGUCACUGUCAGGAAACAGCAUUUAUGAAGUGAGUUUAUCCCAGUGGAAGAUAGUGGAAAGAAUCGGGAACAGUGGCCUGAAGGGCCUUAUUUUAAAAAGUGAAUGGGAGUCCAAAAGGAAACAUGAAAGCCAAGAGGGAUCUCAGGAGGGCUGUCUCAGACAAGUGAAAGUCACAUCUGAAAAAGUGGCCUCCUACCAGAAGCGUAUGUCUGCUGCUCCACGUCAGAGAAUCCAUUUCCUGGAGAAGCCCUAUGGGUGUGAAGAAUGCGGGAAGACCUUUAGAGCCCGCCAGCAACUUACUUUCCACCGUAGAAUCCACACUGGCGAGAAGCCCUACGUGUGUAAGGAAUGCGGGAUGGCGUUUAGGCAGACUGCACACCUCAGCAGACAUCAGAGGCUUCAUUCUGGUGAAAAGCCGUACGCGUGUAAGGAGUGUGGGGAAGCCUUCAUAUAUGGCCCCGACCUUCGAGCUCAUCAAAAACUCCACGCCGGUGAGAAGCCCUAUGCGUGUAAGGAGUGUGGGAAGGCCUUCAGGGUACGAGGACAGCUCACCCUCCAUCAGAGGAUCCACACUGGCGAGAAGCCCUAUGUGUGUACAGAGUGUGGCAAGGCCUUCAGGCAGUACGCGCACCUUACUCGACACCAGAAGCUGAACAUCGCUGACAGACUCUACGAGUGUAAAGAGUGCGGGAAAGACUUUUUGUGCGGCUCCGGCCUUAGAGUCCAUUACAAACUUCACACUGGCGAGAAGCCCUAUGAGUGCAAGGACUGCGGAAAGGCCUUUAGAGUUCGACAGCAGCUAACACUGCAUCAGAGGAUCCACACUGGCGAGAAGCCCUACGCGUGUAAUGAGUGUGGGAAGACCUUUAGUCGGGGUUACCAUCUUAUUCUACACCACAGAAUCCACACGGGCGAGAAGCCGUAUGAGUGCAAGGAGUGCUGGAAGGCCUUUAGCCGCUACUCCCAGCUCAUCUCGCAUCAGAGCGUUCAUAUCGGUGUGAAACCCUACAGCUGCAAAGAGUGUGGGAAAGCCUUCCGACUGCUCUCGCAGCUCACCCAGCACCAGAGCGUCCACGCCGGCGAGAAGCCCUACGCCUGUAAGGAGUGUGGGAAGGCCUUUAGGUUGCGCCAGAAACUUACUCUGCACCAGAGCAUCCACACCGGGGAGAAGCCCUUUGAGUGUAAGGAGUGUAGGAAGGCCUUUCGCCUCAACUCUUCUCUUAUCCAGCAUCUGAGAAUCCAUUCCGGAGAGAAGCCCUACGAGUGUAAGGAGUGUGGGAAGGCCUUCCGACAGCACUCACACCUGACCCACCAUCAGAAGAUCCACAGUGCCAAGUGCAGCAAAUGGAUGCUGCCAUUGAAGUGGACAGCACCAUUCUGCUGCCAGCUUACAGUAUCUUCAACCAGCAAAACUGCUCCUUCUGUCCCCGUUCCUGGAAUGUGUGGUGGUCGUAUUUUGAGACAGGGUAUUAGCCAGCUCAGCUCCUCGUUUGGAGAGGAGAUCCAGGCUGCCUCCAGCUCCGGCAGCCGCACACCUGGCAUUGCACCAGGUGUCAUUGAUCUCUGCUGCCCUGAGUUAGAAGCAGGAAAGUCACAAAACAGUUUGGCCUGGAGAAACAGCGAAGGGCCGACCGGCUCCUGCAGUUCCAACACUAUGGCCCUAGCCCAGGGUUCAGUGACGUUCAGGGAUGUGGCUGUGGAUUUCUCACAGGAGGAGUGGGAGUUCCUGGACUCUGCUCAGAAGAGCCUGUACAGGGACGUGAUGUGGGAGAACUACAGCAACUUCCUCUCUCUGGCAGGACCUUCCAUUUCUAAGAGAGCUAUAAUUCCCUUACUGGAUGAAGACGGGAAGGAGCCUGAGGCAGUUGUGAAGGAAGGGAGAAGAAGCUAUUGUCCUGAUUUGGUGUCCAGAUUCAAGACCAAUAGUUCAUCUGCAGACAAGGAUAUUUAUGGAAUAUAUUCUUUACAAUGGGAGUUGGUGGAGAAAAUUAAAAGCCACAGCCCUCAAGGUUCUGGUCCUAGAGAUGAUUGGGAAUAUGAAAGCAGGGCUGACCGACAAAAGGAACCACAGGAAGGCUAUUUGGGGCAGUUGAAAAUUACCUCUGAGAAAGGCACAUACAGAAAGCACCGUUUCCUUACUGAGUAUCAGCAGGUUCAGAAUGGAGAAAAGUUCUAUGAAUGUAAAGAGUGCAGGAAGACCUUUAUCCGCCGCUCAACACUUAGUCAACACUUGAGAAUCCACACUGGUGAGAAACCUUACAAAUGCAAGGAAUGUGGGCAGCCCUUCAGACAGCGUGCACACCUUAUCCGACACCACAAACUCCACACCGGUGAGAAACCCCAUGAGUGUAAGGAGUGUGGGAAGGCCUUCACAGUGCUCCAAGAACUCACUCAGCAUCAGCGGCUCCAUACUGGGGAAAAGCCGUAUGAAUGCAAGGAGUGUGGAAAGGCCUUCCGGGUGCAUCAGCAGCUGGCUCGGCAUCAGAGGAUCCACACUGGGGAGAAGCCCUAUGAGUGCAAGGAGUGUGGCAAGACCUUCAGGCAGUGUACACACCUUACCCGGCACCAGCGACUGCACACGUCCGAGAAGCUGUAUGACUGUAAGGAGUGUGGGAAAGCCUUCGUGUGUGGCCCAGACCUUCGAGUCCAUCAGAAGAUCCACUUCGGCGAGAAGCCCUAUGCCUGUAAGGACUGUGGCAAGUCCUUCAGGAUAUGCCAACAGCUAACUGUCCAUCAGAGUAUCCACACUGGGGAGAAACCCUAUGAAUGUAAGGAAUGUGGGAAGGCCUUCAGGUUGAGGCAACAGCUUGUCCGCCAUCAGAGAAUCCAUACCCGUGAGAAGCCCUACGAAUGUCUAGAAUGUUGGAAGACCUUCAGUAGUUAUUCCCAGCUGAUUUCACAUCAGAGCAUUCAUGUGGGCGAGAGACCCUACGAGUGCGAAGAAUGUGGGAAAGCCUUCAGACUGUACUCCCAGCUCACUCAACACCACAGCAUCCACACGGGCGAGAAGCCCUACGAGUGCAAGGAGUGUCGGAAACCCUUCCGGCUGCUCUCCCAGCUCACUCAGCACCAGAGCAUCCACACGGGCGAGAAGCCCUACGAGUGCAAGGACUGUGGGAAGGCUUUCCGGCUCUACUCAUUUCUUUCUCAACACCAGCGGAUCCACACCGGAGAGAAGCCCUACAAAUGUACGGAGUGUAAGAAGGCAUUCAGACAGCACUCACACCUGACCCAGCAUCAGAAGAUCCACAGUGGAACUUAAAACUUCAGUUCUGUGUUAGGUUGCAAAAUGUCAGGAAACCCAUUUUUGAGAAUAAUUUAUUUCAUGCUUAUAAGUAAGCAUAAGAAAGACUGUGUUGCUUUAAAAACCCUCCAUUCUCACUUAAAUGUUCCCUAUCUUCAGGAAAGAAUAAUUUGAUGAAUGUGGGAAAAUCAUUAGCCUUAUCUGUCACCAUCCCCUUCUAACUACACUCUUCCCAUUGUGAUACCGGACAGGACACUAAAUGUCAAUGCCUCGUUUCCCUCACUGUCGGAAUGGUGAUGAUAGUACCUAUACGUGUUAUUUAUUGUUAUGUAACAAAUUACUAGAAAGCCGUAGUUUAAAUAAUAUACAUUUAGUAUCUAAAGAUUUAUAGAAAGAUCAAGAUUCCAGGCAAGCUUUAGUUGGGUCUUUGAAGUUGUAACUGAGGCUGGCUUUCAUCUGAAGGCUUAACUAGAGAAGCACCCACAUGGAAGGUAGCAGGUUAGACCCCUGAGGCACCUGCACUCUUGAGAGUGGAUGCAUUGAAGCCCUCAGUUUCUGAAGGCCAUCGGCAGAGAGACGAGUGAAGUUCCGUCCCAGUGUGGCUGCUGGUUGUUGUUGGUUGUUUUUUUAAUUUUAGGUGGGGUUUCUUUGUACAUCCCUGGCUGUCCUGGAACUCACUCUGUAGACCGGGCUGGCCUUGAACUCACAGAAAUUCACCUGCUUGUGCUGGGAUAAAAGGCAUGUAUCACCACCAUCCAGCCUAGCUGCUGUUUUAAUGAGAUCGUGGAAUCUAAGAAAGGUGGUUGCUAGCAGGAUGGAAGUCAGCUAGUGAGACUGAAGUUAUAAUCUGUGUAACCCAGUCAUAAACAUCCCACCAUUUUACCACCUUCUGCUGGUUAAAAAUAAGUUCUCACACUCAAGAUUGUAUGAAGCUGAAGAUUACAAGACAGGGACCAGUGAUGGACGUUUAGAGCCCACAUGCUGCACUGCAUAAAAGAACUGAUGAAGAGUGAAGUAGCUAAGACUUGACAGAGAGCAGUCAUAGUAGCACGCAUCCCUUGAGUGGUGUCCAUGAUCGCUGGCAGCACUGUCAGUCCACAUGAAAGGGAGGUGCUCCUGUGUGAGUAGUACAUGUAGAAAUGCUUCUUCUUACAUCUCUGCACUUACAAACCUCAGAGUAAUCUCUUCAAGGUAAGAUCUACGAGGUUAUAGUAAUUGGGAGAUUUUUGUCACUUCAUGAUGAAGAGACUGAAUCUCACAAAUGUGGGUUGUUAAAACUUAACCGUUAAAGAAUCAGAGAAAAUGACAUCUUCAAAUUAAAAAAAAAAGAUUAUUUAGAAUCCCUUCUCUGACAAGAUUCAGGAUGAACCACACAAUCUCAAGGAUAGCUUCAAAGACAACUAGCCACUUGGGGAUUUGGCUUUUAUUCGUACACAUAUGUAAAGGCUGGGACUGGGGAAGGGCUUGGUGGUUGAGGUGCAUGCUGUAUGAGCACGAGGACCCAAGUUUGGAUCCCAGAACUCAUGUUAAAAGCCAGGUAGAUGUAAUGGCUCACCUGUGGUUCAGGCUUCUGGAGAUAGAACCUGGAUGUCCAAAGCAAGUUGGCUAGUAAGACCAUAUUGGGCAUAUCACUGAGCUCUGGGUUGGAUUAAGAGACCCUGCCCCAGUGCAUACAGUGGAAGAGUGAUCAAGAGUGGAAGAUGGCUCCUCAGAUAACCU